CACCUCCCUCGUCUCCCUCUCGCACUCUUUACAACAUUUCCGGUGAAACCAACAAAUCUACCACCACUUCCGCCGCCUCAGCCCCCAUUUCUUCCUUAUUUUGCUCUCGGCGCCUCCGCAGUGGAAUUGUGCUCUCCGCCCUCUUCUCAGCCUCAACUCAACAACAUCAAGAAGCCUGAUACUAUUUGUUCAUCAGGCUACGUGAAAAGGUAGGUAUGAAUUUGAGGCGUCUCUUUAGCAAAAACACGGUGAACAGAAUCGCUGAACUCAAUGGCAGAGCAUUCAACCAGCAUUCAUCUGCUUAUAGAUGUGUAGCAGCUGCUAGUAUCCUGAGGCCCCCUACUUUUCAUCCAUCAGGAGCAUACCAUGGCUCAUCUUUCAUGAACUGCCCUAAGCAUAACAGAAUUGAUAAUCAGUUUUCUAGAUGCAUUCAAACUGCGGGACAAGUUGAGUUAGAUGAUGACUCAUCAAGUCAUUUGGAAUGUGAGUCAGAAGAUGAUGCUACAAUGAAUGAGUUCUUGUCCCGGUUUGUUUGGCUGAUGCGGAAAAAACUCGCUGCCGCAUAUCCCAAGUGUGAAAAAGAUACAAUUAACGGCAUGCUAGUGAUCAUUGUUGAAAAUGUUGUAUCAGAGAUGGAAAAGGGUGGUCUUCAGCAAGUGACGGGGUAUGGUGCUUCUACACCCUCAGGAGAUUUUAGUGAGGAUUUGUGGAGAACUGUGUGGGACGUUAGCAAUAUAGUUCUGCGAGACAUGGAGAAAGAAAAGAAAAAAGAGAAAAUGAAGACAUUUCUUCAGUCUGAAGAAGUUAAGGAAAUGUACAGAUUUGCUGGUGAAGUGGGCAUUCGAGGAGAUAUGCUGAGAGAGUUUAGGUUCAAGUGGGCUCGUCAAAAGAUGGAGAAAAGCGAUUUUUAUGAGAGUCUGGAACGCAUGCGGAAAGAGGCUGCUCAAAAUGAUUCCCAAGAAAAAGAUCAACGCGGAAACAAAGUCGUUAAUGAGGACGGUAAUCUGCUUGAAGGGAAACAGACUGGUGUCUCACUUCCUAAAAGACAUGGCAAGAUCAAGUAUAAGAUUUAUGGGCUUGAUUUAUCCAAUCCAAAGUGGGCUAAGGUGGCGGAUAAAAUUAAUGAGCGUAGCAAAUUUAUGUGGCCCGAGGAGCCAAAGCCAAUAUCUAACAAGUGCAAACUUGUUACUGAGAAGAUCCUCUCAUUGAAAGAUGAGGACGAUCCUUUUCCACUUAUAGGAGAAUGGAAAGAUCUUCUCCAACCUAGCAGGAUUGAUUGGGUUGGUCUUCUUGAUAAAUUGAAAGAGCAGAAUUCUAAUAUACAUUUCAAGGUUUCAGAAUUUCUACUUUCUGAAGAUUCCUUUGAGGCAAGUGAACGGGACUACUCAAAACUGAUUGAUGCUCUUGCCAAGGAGAACCGCUUAGAAGAUGCUGAGAGAAUUCUAAAGAAAAUGAAUGACAAGGGCAUUCCUCCUGAUGUUAUCACAUCAAUAACAUUGAUCAAAAUGUAUUGUAAAGUAGGAAAUCUUAGUCGAGCAAAAGAAGCAUUUGAUAGCUGCAAGGCCCAUGGGUUCCGACCAGACGUGAAGGUCUACAGUUCUAUGGUCAUGGCCUAUGUGAAUGCAAACCAACCGAAAGAUGCUGAGUCUAUACUGAGAGAAAUGGAUACUCUGGGUAUUAAGCCUCCAAAGGACAUAUACAUGGCCUUACUUCACCUGUAUACCAAAGCUGGCCAUGCUGACUUAGCUGAACGAAUUCGCACUGCCAUGCAAUUUACCGGAGGAUUUAGCAUGGACCUUGAAUCUUUGACAUUAAUGAUUGAGGCAUGUGCACGAGCUGGUAACCCCGACCGUGCUUUGAACUAUUUUACUCAGAUGACAAACCUUGGGCUCAAGCCAGAUGAUAGAUGCACUGCAAAUGUGAUUGCUGCCUAUGAAAAGAAGAAUUUGUUGGAUGAAGCCUUGGAGCUUCUAUUGAAACUUGAGAAGGAUGGGUUUGAGCCUGGGGUUGCUACGUACACAGUUCUGGUUGAUUGGUUUAGCAAGUUGGACCUUCUUGAGGAAGCCCAACAGCUAUUGGACAAGAUUUCCGAACAGGGUGAGGCUCCUCCAUUUAAGCUCCAUGUGAGCCUUUGUGACAUGUAUAUCAAGUCAGGAGCUGAGAAGAAGGCCUUGCAAGCUUUAGGAGUUCUGGAGUCGAAGAUUGAUGAGUUGGAGUCGGAGGACUUUGAGAGGAUUAUAGGUUCACUUGCUGGUGGGGGCUACGUGCAAGAUGCUCAAAGGGUGCACGGGUUAAUGGAGUCUCGGGGAUUCAUUUUGUCCGACCGAAUGAAGGUAUCUCUGAUGGCAUCUCAAGCACUGGGAAAGAGUAAGAAGACACUAAUGAGAUAGAGGUAAUAAAAAUCAAUAUGAUCUAGCAAAAUGGUGACUUAUGUGAUGACGGUUCAUUAGUGUAUGUGCACUUAGUCAUGUUAGUUCAUUUUACUUUCUUUCAUGAACUUGUUUUUGUUGGAGUGUAUGCUUACGCUCAUUUUUGUUGGAAUCUUAUGUCAUCUAAUAGGUCUGAGGUAUCAGAAAAGAACAACUAUCAGUAUAAAUUGUUGCUGUGAGUUCUAAUAAGUAGAGUCUUUUGCACAAACUCAUUUUAGGUAUCCACUGCUGCACUUCUGAUAUGCUUUGUUUCGUUUAUGA